UAAAGGCAGCUAGCUGGUCUGUUGCUUACGAGGUUACGACUCGGAUAAGGUGACGGUUAUGAACGAAUGAAUAUCGUUUUCAUGUAGAGUUGUGUGGCUGUCUGCUCUCUAGAUUAAUAAACGCCCACCCGUCUUUGCUCUCCUCGUGACAGUCAGCCUCCUCUCAGACUCCAGCUAACAGCAGAAACAAACCCGCGUUGUUUACAGCGACGCUAAAGAUAAUUUGCUGUGCAAAAGUAGCAGCUUGUUAAACGCUUCCCCUUCUUGGCACUCAAAAUGGGUCGUUUGCGGCCUCUUAAAAAGAACCGACGGGCCACAUUUGGCCGUCGAAGUUGCCGCGGACGCGGUGCUGGAAUUGACUCGUUACCAUGGCUACGGCGCAAGGUGGCGACGUAAUUAAAAGUCUCCGGUGUUGAUUAACGGGCUCGUCUUCUUCCGCUGUCGCCUCUAGGCGUCGUUCAGCCUCGGGGAGAGAGAGAGAGAGAGAGAGAAAAAACAACUCCUGGUUACAGAGGGGUAAAAAUACUCUCCGCUGCUCUUACAUCAGAAGCACUCCGUGGUAUUUUUGGGAGCUUCUCCUUUUUGCCUCGGAGUGUUUACCGGGCGCCUGUCGCUCGUUCUUGGCUAGAACGCGCAAGAGAAAAGCAGCGCAGGUGGACAACCGAGAGCGGGUCUGUAAAGGACACGGACUGAGUGAAAGUGGGGGACCGCAAUGGGAUCUUGACCUCAUCUUUGUGAAGACAUGGAGACGGCUGAAGCAUCCCGUCCCGUCCAGAGUGUCCCUGCGACGGUGACCAGGGGUGAAGCUGUGCGCCCGAGGCGGGAUUUGGCCGGGUGUGGAUAACUGCUAAAAGUUACUCAAGUUGAUGUUGAUGAAGGAGUCAGUGAACUGAUCAAAACUUUUCAGAGCAGAAAUGGCUGCUUACAACAUCGUUUGGUGACUUUCCAUUGCUUAUUUGAGUGUUAUAUGUGCAUGCAUUUGAGAGAUGUGGAGCGCCUUUAUGAAUGGCGCAGGGCUGCAGGGAGGCGGCGGCGGCGGGGGCUAUGUGCAGUCCCAGGGGUGGGAGUUUGUGCCUCGCUCCAGGAUUGAGAAGGCUGACAGGGGCCGGGGCAAAAACCGCAGCCCGCUAAGGAGGAUCUCCUCCCCGCCCACCGUUUUCAGCCACAUCCAGGAGCCCCCGAUCGGCGCUUCGCAAACUGCAGGAGAGGGAGGGGCAGGGACCCAGCAGCUCGAGGUCCUCAGGGGACAAAUGUGGCCGGGCCCCGAACCCCAGCAGCAGCAGCAGCAGCAGCAGCAAAUGCAGAACAUACGGCUUAAAAAGAAACUAGAGGAUCUGAAAAAGCGACACGUUCAGGAUAAAGAAGAAUGGAUGCGAGAGAAGGAGUCCUUAUUGAGACAAGUUGCUGACAUCCAAGGUGGGGAGAACAGGAGGAUUCUGCUGGACCUGAAGACGGUUCUGGAGGAGGUGCAGGCUGAGGUGAAGAAAGAGGAGGAGAAGAGGAGCGAGCUCCAGCUGCAGUACACCAGAGACAGAUGUGCCUGGGAGCUUGAGAAAGCUGAGCUCAAAUGCAGGAUUGCACAGCUGGAAGCUAGAGAAGCCAGAGGAUUAGGGAGCGGAGGCCUCCAGUUGGCUGCGGGUCUCGGAUCGGUGACGUCACAGAGUCCCCGCGAAUCGAACAGCGAGACCUCGAUGCUCCGCCGGGAGAGGGAAGAGCAGCGGAGGAUCCUGGCCGACACGCACUCUACAGCCAUGGACCUGCGCUGUCGUCUGGAUCACAACGAGAGGGACUGGCUAAGAGAGAAGGCCGAGCUGCUAGAAAGGUUCGAUGUGGAGAGGAGAGAGUGGGAGUGCCAGCUGAAGGAUAUGCAGAAGAAAAUAGAAGAGCUGUACUGCGAGGUGAGAUCCAGUCGAGGGGGUCCGGCCCUGGACAGCAUGAAGCAGGACGACGACGCGGUGCACCGACUCAGCAUGCGCUCCACCAGCACGGGCUCCAGCCUGCUCAGCGACAACUCCCGGUCGGACCUGCUCAGUAGCAGCACUCCGUCAGAACCAACCAGAAACCCACCUUCACCUGGAUUAGGUUUGAACAGAAACAUCAGCACCGACGGCGACAGCCCGUGUGGAUUUAACGUGGAUGUGCGGUUCAGUCAGAGCGAUCCCUUACAACCCGAGCUUCUGGUUGAAACUAGAUCCAGAGAAACCUGGAAGCAAGACUCAUUGGGUGAUAAUAAGAAAGCUGGAGGUAUCCCAGAGCUGGAGGCUUUUUACUGUGGAGCGCCGGAUAGUGGGACGCCACAGGAAUACGUUUCCAUAGGGAGUGAUGAAGGUCUCCAAGGAAUUCCUCCGGAGAGUCCUCUCUGGGCCAGACUGAGUUAUGGGAGUGACAAGAAGAAGAAUACGACUGCUCUCAAUGCUGCUCUAAAGGAAAUAGCCCGCGUUAGCGAGGAGCUUUGUAGCUACCAAGACGAGAUCAGGAAAAAGAGCGGAGAUAAGAGGAACCAAUCCGAAUCCUUGUGUCCAUCUGAGGGAUGUGAAAAAAGCUUUCUGCAGGUAGAAGAGGCUCCUUGCGACCUUAGCCAGAUCUACGAUGACCUCCGGGCUCUGCAGCGAGAAAACUGGAUCAUGUUGUCACCAGAAAGCACCUGGAGAGCCAACAGAAGUUCAAGCGACACCUGGAUGACAAACACCUCUGAUCAGUAUCGCUACAGAGACGCAGAGACAAGUCCUGAAGAAUCCUCUGACAUGGAGACGGCGGCUCCACCCAUUCCUCCUCGUACUUCCUCCUGGAACCUAAACUCCUCUAAUCCAGACACAGAACUGCACAUCCCAGAGUCCCCUAUGGCAACAAUGAGGAAGUGCCAUAGCCCCUCUGUUCUGUUGGACAGAAAAUGUAACAGCCCAUCCAUUGUCAGGAAGUUUGAGGCCAUGCUUCAGGAAAAUGAGGGAAAAGUCUUUAAAGACGGCAUGCUAACAUCCUGCUCUAUACCUUCCAACUCCAUCUGCAACACGGGCUGCUGCCACAAUCGCUGGUCCUGUGACGCCAGCAAGUUGACCCACAAUAAACAGUUGACGUACGGGACCGUCCAGAAAAGCUUCUCCGAGGUCAACAUAUUGACUGCUGGGAAAGAUCUGUGCCCAGAGAAAAACUCUGAUGUUGGAAAGGUCCAAGUGUUUCCAGUUAUCCAGGAAUUCCCUGUGGAUUCGGUCUCACAAGGAAUCCAGUCUCUUAGUCCCAGCCUCCAGGGCUCCAGAAGAAACCUGAUGCUGGAGCGAAAAACAGCCGAGUUCAACAGAACUUUGUUUCAGGCUGAGAUGGGCCGGGGCGUGGAUGUACAAGAGACCUGUUUUGAGGAAUGCCAACCAGUGUUUGGAACAUCAAGCCACAUAUUACCACCCAAGGACGCUACAACUCCAUCCAUGUGCCCUGAUGUUUCCACUGACAUCACAGAUUCAUAUUUUAAAGCGUCACCAUCACCCUCUAUCGCAACUUCUACCAAACAGAACACUGAAUCGGAGCCAGUGCAGAUGAGGUGCGCUUCCAAAGAAACACCUUCCGUCCUCUCACUGGAAGAGCCACAUCCUGGAUUCAAGGACGCUCCAAAACCCUCCCAGAGUGAGGUGAAGCACAAACUGCAAAAAACAGGCAGCUUCUCCAGGAAAUCCCAACAAAGAGCAACCCACGAGCCUCCUUCGUCUGUGAUCACCCAGCCAGAUGAAUCUGUGGAGAGUUCCAAUUCUAACAGGGAAAAUCCCCACGAAACAAAACCUCAGCCGGCCAGAGGCAGCGUCUCCCCGCUUCAGCCGUCUGUCGAGAGCAAGAAAAGACAUGUGGCGCAGCCAAGACAGAGGUCAGACUCUCCUCACCAGCCCGACUCCUCCAGACCCAUCCCUCGCAUCAUGAACGAACAUCCGUGGAAGCCUCUCACCCUCGCUGCGUACCCUCGACCAGAGGGUUCCAGAUCCAACUACGGCGCCGUGGAAAGGAUUCUGAAAAACUACGAGAGCGCCGCACGAGCGCAGCAGAACGAGAUGGUUUCCAACCCCACAGAACUGGACAUGCUGGACAUGGACCCUCUGCCUUUAAGUCCCACUCUGAGACACAUGCACCCAUUACCCACUGCACAGGUCAGCCUCCACAGCAUCAAUGAGGUGCAGCUGAAAGUGCAGGAAGACGAAGAGUCCUCGGUCACGCCUCCCUCCGUCCACAAGAACUUUUCGAGGCCCGCCCGUCCUGCCAACCGUCGCCUCCCGUCCAGAUGGGCCAGCCGUUCCUCCACGUCGUCCUCCUCUCCCUCAUCCUCUCCGUGCACCACGCCCGUCGUCCCUGCUUCCUUUCCUCUCCAGAAACACUCUUCCUCCUUCACUUACACGCACAGCUUUCACCUAGAGACCGUCAUCAUUUGAAACUCCACGUUGUUGUGUUUCGGAACCAACCAGAAGCCUUCGCUGACAAACUCCGAAGAUUUUAUCCUCUCUUUUUUUCUCUUGUAUACACCAAAUCAAUACGAAAGACAGAAAAUUUAUUCUGAAUGUAUUCAUCGACAAACUGUGUUUGUGGCAUCCUGUGAAACAUACCUGAGCGAGGAAGGCGAAUAACUCCAAACGGCUACAAGUACUGUCAUUAUGGCCCAAGCUAACCUGCCAGGCGCGACGGACAGCAUCUGAAUGAAUAUUCUGCUCAGGUCUGGAUUCCUGCGUUGACCACUAGCGUAGCUUUACAGAUCUACUAAUAGCAGCUUUUCACUCAUUUUUCUCUCAUACAGACUGGAUUUGCAACCUGAAAAUAAAGACUCUAGUUUCCAUUAAAAUGUAUGCUAUAUGCAUCACUACGUCCAGCUCAUGGAGAGAUGGAGCAAAGAUUUAUCUGCGCAUGACUUCCCUACCAUAAAGUACCCUGCAGCACAUGACUGGACUGUACCUUGACUGUGACCAGAAUAUUUUGUUUUUCAUUGAAGUUUGACUUUAUGUUUAUUAUUGUGAAGCAAAAAAAACAACAAAAAAACAAAACAUAUUUACUUUUAGUAAGAGCUGCAUAAAAAUUGACCUUUUUUAAUAUGUACCAAAGGCUGGUUUCUUGUGCAUUUUCUUGAUUUUUAAGUGCAUUGUUUGGAAUAAAAUGUCUUUUUUUUUUUGCCAUAGCUAACAUUUUUUUAAGGUUUGUGUGUAAACUGUAUUUACAAGUCAGAUUUUUUGCAUAACACAUGCUCCUAAAAAGACAUAGCAAAGCCUUUUUUUUUUACUCUGAAUAACUAAAGGCUCAUCUUUGAGGAUGUUACUCUGCUCAGUAGUGUUUUUUUUAUGGCUGAAAGGUGGUGAAACACGAUGCCUUUGCUCUUGGUUUUGUAUAAUAAACAAUAUUCCAAAAAUG